CCGUGGCAGACGCUGUUUAUGCAAGAUACGAUGAUAUCGCUAAGUCCCAGCUAGUCCGGAAGCGCGCACGGACAAUGAGUGACUUGUCACAGAGGGUUUGGAAUCUUGUUGGCGGAGCAGGUGUGACUCAAGGAGACCAGGAUCCGGAAGAUGCUGACAAACCGACAAAAGGAGCAAAAGAUGGUGCUGACGCAACUGAUCCUCUUGAUCUCGACGACCCCGAAGGCAGUAAAAUUUUUGUCCGCCACGUCGAGGAGGAGGAACACCGACUAGUUCGUGAGGCAGCGUCACGUUGGCACAACGCCUAUUCGGAGGAACGGGCGGCGAAACUAGAAUCCCUGGUGACAGAAAUAGAGUCGAGAAUCAAGGAUAUCGACACUCUUGCGCGCGAGCAUGCACAAACGAGGACAAAGCGCCUAGCCGAGAUCGAGGAGUUGGAGAAAGAACUGAAAGGCGUGAAGGACGUCGCACCUGGUAGUAGAGACAAGAAGUCUAUUCUGAAGAGUAAGGCUAGACAACAACGUGAGGAAGCACUGGGGAGGCAGCGGAAAAAAAUGCAAGAAGAAAUCGAGAAGAUGAAGAGGGAUCUUAAGUUAUGAUGAGGGAUCCUCAACCUCAUUGAGCAAUAUCUACUCGUCCAACCUUUCAUAGAGCAGCGAGAGCAAUAAAUAGUACCUUCUAGUUCUAACCUCCAUGAUCUUCUAACAAAAGCUUUCGAUCACAGGGAGAUGCACAUCAAACGUCUAGUUCGGGAUGUGCCGAUCCUAGAGAUGCAUCUGGAUCGAGUCGAGACGGCACUGUUUCGAGAAGAUGAGAAACAACAUUUUCCUUGGGAAACGCAAACGGAAGAUGCUGAUCAUCAAGACGGCAAAGCCAAGGGCAAAGAGGUUUGUCACAAAGAAGAUGACGAGGUGCUUUUUAUCAAAGCCGAAUCUAAAGGUCGUAAAGGAGAUGAACAAGAUACUACGGGUCGUGCAGACAAAAGUUUGUAUGAUAGAGUCUCGGAUUUGCUGAUGUUGUCAUCUUCUCCCAAGCUGCCAGUGAACAAGGAAAAGAACAACAUCGACGAUGAAGUGACGAUGUUUCACGCAGAUGAUCAUGUUGCGCCGUCACCAGCACUUCCUCUUCCGCCUGUUGAAGUGAAAGAAUCGGCGACACAGACGGAUCUCCUUAAUGUUGAGCAACUAAAUCUAGUAUCAGAAGAGCCUCGUGAGGAUAAAACAGCAGCUGCAGCACUAGAAGCCGUAGACGAUGACAAGGGUGCUGCAUUUGUUCCGACACCUGUUGACGACGGAGUGAAGCCCCUGGGACUUGCAGCUGGACCAGCUGAAGAUGAGCAUCCUCGUAGAAAGUCCUCUCUUGUUACAAGGAUGAAGCCAAGAUUUUUGACAUCUCCAAGGUUAAUGAAAAGCCCUAGGGAACAAGCUCGACAUGAUCGUGAUAUUCUUGGCAAACACAUCAGAGGUCGGAGACGGCCUAGAAAACCCGAGGAUUAUUACAAGAUCAGAGACGAGGAUGGCGAAAGAGUCUACACUCUAGGAGAUGAGCACCACAGGUUUAUCAGCGUGCGUGAACAAGGGAUGACUCGAUCACAGACCACUGCAGAUGUUGAGAUUGCUCCGGAAGUAAUUCUUUCUCAACCAGAAGAUCCUGUUUCAAUUCUACAAGCAAGGAAUGAAGAAGAG